UUACGGAAAUUAAAAGAAUAACAAUAAAAAUACUAUAAAAAAAAUGAUAAAAUCAUCGGCAUUGAUAAAUUUAGUUUCAAAAAGAGGUAUUUGUUUGACUGCAGCAAGAGAAGGUAAACGAAAUUUCCGAAAAUUCGUCAUCCCCAAUAAAAGAGGUUCAAGAAUUCACAAGGAGCAACAGAUGUCUGCAAAUAGAGAGCUAGAAAUAGACAAGCGAGGCGUACGUGAUGUUGGAUAUGAGUUAAAUGGAAAAUUCGUCAAAGUCCCUGAAAUGAUACCAGAAAUAAUUGUGCCUGAUUUAACAGAUUUUAAACUAAAACCAUACGUUUCUUACAAAGCUGAAGAUGUUAUACAGAGUGAAUUCACAGCAGAGCAUCUUUUUAAUGCAAUUUACAGCAAAAAAAUUGCUAAAGAUUUUCAAGAAGGUAAACUAGACAGUGAGGGUCAACCACUUGAGCCAUCGGAGGAAGAAAAAUUGCAAGCGGAGGAAGCUGUUAUAAGGGCAAAGAGAACUGGUUCAGAUAUAUUUUAAAUGUUGUAUAGUUUAAUUAGUAUAGAUAUUAGGGAAUGUGAAUUAAAUGAUAUUUAAAAAAAUG